GUGGACGAUGCCACAAUGAUUGAAGAAAUAGUUCAAAGAAUUUCAAGCAGGUUGUUAUCUACAUUGCCAAUAGAUUUCGGUGAUCUCGUUGGGAUGAAAGCUCACAUGGAAUUUCUCAGCCCUCUCUUGGACAUUGACUCUAAGGAUGAUGCUCGUUUCAUAGGAAUCUCAGGAACUGGAGGCAUUGGCAAAACCACCAUAGCCAAGUAUCUCUAUGAACAACUCAAGCUGCGAUUUUCACCUCACCACUAUUUCAUGGAGAACGUUGCGAAGCUCUCUGGAGAACAUGGUCUCUUGUAUCUACAACAUCAACUUCUCUCCAGUAUUUUCCGUGAAGAGAAUAUGAAGCUGGAGAGCCUUGAACACGGAAGACAACAGCUUGAGUUCAGGCUUAGGCACGUUAGAGUUUUUCUUGUUCUUGAUGAUGUGGAUGAUAGGAAACAGCUGUGUGCCUUGGCAAAAGACAUUACAUGGUUCGGACCGGGGAGCCGAGUCAUCAUAACCACACGGGACAAGAGCUUGCUUAACUCAUGUGGAGUGUACGAUGUUAAGUACUUGGAUGAUGAUAAAGCUCUCGAACUCUUUGAGCGGAUUGCUUUUGAAGGAGACGAACCUCCUUCUAGUGACGGCUACAAAGAUCUCUCGUAUCGUGUUUCUAGGCUUACUCAAGGUCUUCCUUUGGCACUCGUGGCUUUCGGCUUUUAUCUCCAGAGAAAGCCCCUGUGGGAGUGGAGAGAUGCUUUAGUAGCGUUUGAAUACGCCUCUGACAAGAAUGUUACGAGGAUCUUGGAUAUUAGCUACGAUAGCUUAGACAAACUUGGUAAGUCUGUUUUUCUUCAUGUCACAUGUCUUUUCAAUGGAGACCCUGUCUGGUGUGUCGAGACACUUCUUGACCGUGGUGAAGUUGGGUUUAAGGUUUUAGCUGAAAAGUCUCUCGUCGACAUAUCUGCGGAUGGUCUUGUAGCUAUGCACUCUUUAUUAGAGCGAAAGGGAAGAGAAAUUGGCAACACCCCUGCCCAACAACAAAUCUUGUGGUACUAUCACGACAUCUAUCACGUACUUGCAGACAAAGCGAGAACAACCAGAAUAGAAGGCGUCGUGCUAGAUGUUUCUGAGAUGCCUUCUGAUGUUCAUUGGGAACUUUUCAAGUCGAUGGAGAAUCUCAAUUUUCUGAAGAUCUGCAACUACAAGCGUUAUAAAGGUUCAGAUGCCAGGAUAAAUUGCAAUUUUGAUGGAAUUUUGCUUCCUUGUAAGCUUAGGUUACUACAUUGGGAUGCAUAUCCAUUUACAGCCUUGCCUUCUGUUGCCCAUCCCGAUUAUCUUGUGGAACUAAAUCUUUGUUACAGCAAACUCACAACCCUUUGGUGUGGAAACCCACCGAGGCUUUCGCAUCUGAAAAGGCUAUAUCUUACGGGAUCUAAGGAUCUAAAAGAACUUCCAGAUCUUCAGGAAGCAGUGUGUCUCGAGGAGUUGAUGCUGGAAGGUUGUGUUUCCCUCACACGGAUUCCAGAAUCCAUUUUUAGCCUACGUAGACUGCAGAAAGUUGAUAUGUCCAACUGUGAUGGGCUUAAGAAUCUAAGGAUCACAAUAGAGGAAUCUGAAGCUACUCUCUUCCGAAGUAGAAGCUCGCGCGUUAGAUCGGUCCGUGUAGAUUUUUCUGAUGCAGAACCAUUAGUGAAAGAGUCUUCUCUUAGUAAUCUUUCAAUCAAGGGCAACUUAGAAAUCAAGUUGAAGCUUCUUGGAGGAUUUGCAGAGCAUCUCUGCUUUAUAACUGAGCAACAGAUCCCUCGUCAGCUGAUGAUGUUGGAACAGCAAAGCGCUAGGGUCAUGACACCUUCCUACGGUUUUAAAUCACUCGACAUCGUGCGGUUCAACUGCAACAUAGAGAGUGGUUCUUUCAAGUGUGGUAGCUUUUCAGAUUUUCCCUGGCUUACGGAGUUAAAUCUAAUUAACUUAAGCAUCGAAGAAAUCCCAGAUGACAUUCACCACAUGCGAGUUCUAGAGAAAUUGGACUUAAGUGGAAAUGAUUUCAGCGGUUUGCCUACAUCAAUAGUACUUCUUUCCAAGUUGAAACAUUUGACGCUUUGCAACUGCCGCAUGCUUGAAACGUUGCCACAACUGUACCAACUUGAGACGCUCACGCUUUCUGACUGUACUAACCUCCGAACAUUGGUGAACCUUCCUCAAGCAGAACAAGAUCAGGGCAGCUACAGUUUGCGUGAGCUUCGGCUUGACAACUGCAGUAGCGUUGAGUCAUUAUCAGAUGAGCUUAGUCAUUUCACCAAGUUGACAUAUUUAGAUAUCAGCAGACAUGGUUUUAAAACAGUGCCUACAAGCAUCAAGGACCUCUCGUCGCUGGUUACUCUCUGUCUCAAUUAUUGCAAGAAUUUGAAAUCACUGACAGAGCUUCCGUUGAGCAUCAAGAAUCUAUAUGCACAUGGCUGCAAGUCCUUGGAAACCUUUUCCUUCUCAGUCAACCAUUCUGUUCGUCACCUUGAUCUCAGCCCUUGCUUUCAUUGGAAUCAGGCUUUUAGCCAAAUCACUCGGUUUCCAGCUGGAACACAUUGUGAAGAGGUACCUCUAUGUGGUUGCUUCCAGAAAAGUAAGACACAGGGUGCAUAUAAUCAAGAGACGAGGAGUGUCAAAUCAGUCCCCAUGGAGUGUUUUAAUUUCAAAACCUUGAAAGUAAUGGCUUUCGCUGUGUGUACGGGUGUGUUCAUUUACUGUAGACGACGGGCAACAGCUACAAAAUGAUGGUCGUCCCCGGAAUUAAUCAGUUCCAAAGGCCAAAGAGAAAGCUAAAAGAGUAUAGUAUUGUCUAUAUUUGGUUUUUGCUAAUUCACUUCAUCCCGGAUCCAUUAUGACCAAUCUUUUGCGCUACCACAGAUUCAUAAAUACAACUGGUAAUGCGGUGGGAAGGUACGUGCUGAAGAAUAUCCCACAGGGAGCUGCAACUACGUGUUAUGCAGCGCUACAUCCAUAAGCAAAAAGAGUGAGGGCAAUACUUGAUGGACAACAACAUAUCUUACCAUAAUCCUCAGACGCGGGACAAACACUAAUCUCAAAGACUCAAAACGCAUGUGGACUGACUACACCAGAGAAAGUCACCUGUGGCUGCUAUAUAUUUAUAAUGUGUGGUUGAUCACUGAGAGACUUUCAUUAUCAAGAGCAAAACAAUUUUCAUCAAACAUUUCAAAACAGUGUGUACCCUUCCUUUUCCUCUUCUUCUCAAUGGCGAUUCCCACGUUUCACUCUCUCCUACGAUGCAAAAAAUGGUCUCAUAGUGACUGGCUUGUCGCUUUCAUCGGAUUCGUCUUGAUCGCUUCUUCAGAGUCCGUUCUCUCCGUUGACCAUAACGACCUGGUCAAACUGAAGCUGUCGCGUAAAGCUAAAGAGAGAGGAGCAUUUUGCUUGGAUGGAAGCUUGCCUGGUUACCAUUUUCAUAAGGGUUCAGGACAUGGCUCAAAAAGCUGGCUUCUUUACUUGGAGUCGCCUUUGACGGCGUUUUAAGCAGUGACCCCUCUCAAAAUCCUGACUUUUUUAAUUGGAAUAGAGUUCUGAUACGGUACUGUGAUGGUGCUUCGUUCGCUGGACGCCCUGAAGCUGAAUUCAAGAAUGAAACACGGCUCUUUUUCCGGGGUCAGCUCAUUUGGGAGGCAAUUAUGGAUGAACUGCUUUCAAUGGGGAUGUCACAUGCGAAACAGGCCAUUCUAACAGGAUGUUCUGCAGGUGGCUUAGCAACUCUCAUACAUUGUGACUACUUUCGAGAUCAUUUUCCGAAAGAUGCAUCUGUCAAAUGUGUUUCUGAUGGUGGCUAUUUUCUCAACUUGCCUGAUGUCCUUGGAAACCCAACAAUGAGAUCUUUCUAUCAUAAUGUUGUUAGCCUUCAGGGCUUAGAGAAGAGCUUGGAUCAGAACUGUGUAGCCAAAACAGAGCCACCAUCUAAUUGUAUGUUUCCUCGAGAAUUCCUUAAAAACAUUAAAACUCCUGUCUUUCUUAUCAACGCAGCCUACGAUUAUUGGCAGAUUCAAAAUGUCUUGGUACCUCCUUCUGCGGAUCCAGAUCAAAGAUGGGAACAGUGCCUACUCAACAUUCAGAAGUGCAAUGCCGUACAGAUGAAAGUUCUACAUGGUUUCCGCAGUUCUCUGAUUGAUGCGAUAGGGGAAUUUCAUCAGAGCAAAGACGGUGGGAUGUUCAUAGAUUCUUGCUAUUCUCAUUGCCAGACUCGUAUUACAGAUUCAUGGCACUCUCCAACCUCAACAAGAAUCGAAAAUAAGACAAUUGCAGAAUCUGUAGGUGAUUGGUUCUUCAACCGAAAACCUGUGAAGCUAAUCGAUUGUUCUUACCCAUGCAAUACCUCUUGCUGAACAUGUGUUUCACCUCAGCUUGCCUUAUAUUAUAGGGAAGACUGCCAUGUGUGAUUAUAAUAAAUACUUUUUUUUUGUCGAGAGAGUUAUUGUCUGGAAAUACAUGGAAUUUCUGUUUUAUAUAAUUGAUUUAUAUAUCUUAUUAGUAUUACUAAAAUACAUGGAAUCUCUUAA